CAGUUAGGUUGACAGGUUAUAUUAAAUAUAUUUUCAACAAGAAAUUUGAAUUUCGAACAACCACGUUUUUCGGUCAAGAAAAGUUCUUUCUGCUCUUUUUAUCGUGUGGUUUAUUUUUUAGAUUGUUUCAUGAAAUUUUCAAAAAUGAAUAUCAUCGAUUUACCUGAUGAUUGUUUACUUUUGAUUUUUGAUCAGUUUUAUCAAUUGCGACAGUUUGCUACAUUGAUGAAAGGUAAGUGGAAAUGAUUGAUUCUUUCUUUCUUGAUAACUAGUUGUCAGUUGCAUUGAUAGUUUAAUGUUAAUUAAUUCACGUAAUUACAGUUUGUCCGCGCUGGAAAAUAUUAGCGGAAAAGAGACUGAAGAAGAUCACUCACUUGGACAUUUUAUUGUUUACUUCAAAUGGAUUGACGCAGCUCGAUGAUACUCUUGAACAAAGACAUUUCCCAUCGACUCGUAAAUGUGUUAUCACAAUAAGCCCAGAUUUCUUGAAGAAAAUUGAACUCUCGAAGCUUCUUCCUAAUGUUAAGUUAAUCCAUCUUGAAAAUUUCACUGGUAAUUGUAUUUGCGAUGCAUUAGCUCAAUUACUCACCAAAGCGAAUCAAAUUAAAGGCUUGAGCUGUUUUGAUUAUAAUUCUACAAUGAAUCACGAAUGUAACAGCAUAGAAAGAAUAACAUCAUUUCUGAGUGAUAUUCAAGUUCUACGAAUUAGUAAUUACGCAAUAUCUACAAGGUAUCUCAGAACCUUUGGUCAUCUCAAGAAAUUGAAAUCUUUUGGCUCUUCAAAUUACUUCCAGUCUACCAGAUUUUACAUCGAGGAGGUGCAUUUACGCUAUGUUCUGAAAUUCGCCCAAUGUUUGACGAAUCUCGAGCAACUUACUACUUAUUGUGAUGAUGAAUUUUAUGAUGAUUCAUUUCUCGUCGAAAGCCAAUUACCGAUAUUUGGAAAUCUUCUACAUCUCGAGCUUGUCGAUGCUUCAAAUGAUGGAUCUACUUUCACAAAAUUUUUGAACUUGUGUCCAAAUUUACUCAACCUUUCUCUGACUGUGUUUUAUGCUAAAAUUAAUCGAAUUCGUCAAAUCAACAGAAACUUCAAUGUCCAAAGAUUGGAUUUACGAUUUUAUUUGGAUCGAGAAAAUAUACUAAAAUUUAUGGAAAAGUUUCCGAACUGUCGAUACUUGAGUAUCAGUAGUUUAAGUUUAUCACGACAAGAUUUGAUCCAGAUUAUAAGUACAUUACCUCAUUUGUCGUUAUUGCAUGCCAAAGAUAAUUGGAUCGAUUUAGCAAAAAUACAAAUCAAAAACUAUUGUCACUCGCAAAAUCCUAAAAUUGAUGUUUACUUUGGUUCUACAGAUGAGAAACUAAUGAUGUCUCAUGAACUUUAUCGAAAGUUUCGUAAUUCAUUUCUACCUUUUAUUAAGUCGGGAAGUUAAACAUUUCUGAUUUUCCAUUUAUCAUCGAACCUAACGAAAAAAUCGGACUGAUUUUAAUUUAAUAUCAGUUCGUUUGUAUAAUCUUUUUGGCUCGAUCACAAUCAACACAGAGAGACUUUGAUUGGAUCCACAAUUGUAUCAUGAUUACAUCCAUUGCGAAUGACUGUCGAUUCGAGAUACAAAUUGAUAAUACCCGAAUAAGCUCCAAUCUUGUCUCGAUAUUCAAGUUGAUAAAAAGAAUCAGUCGCAACUGAUUAUUCAUUCAAAAUUCAUGUUAUACUAUUCAUAAAUUAUUUUCAAUGAUUAAAAUUUAUCAAUA